AUGGCCGGAAACCUGAUCAAAAACCCUUGUGGACAAGAGAAUAUGGCAUUCUGGGCGAUAACAGCGAACGGCGGCGACAAAUGGAGAGUGGACGACAUAUCGUUCCCGGGUCGCAACGACUUUCUCCCUGAAGUUAUGACAAAAACAUUUGUCACCUCCUUCGGAAUGUGUCUGAAGAAGCAGGUGGUGGACCUCCUAGCUGCCGGCUUCCUGCCGGAUGCUCUGGACGCACAGCCUCCGGUCACUGUGAAGGACUGGUACUCCGGGCGUACAGAUUGUGGCUGUACCUACCAGCUGACUGUCUGUCUCUUGGAUGAGAAUAAAGAGAUCCUCCAGAAAUUUGAACCCAGUAAAGUGACCCUUGAAAAGAAGGAUGGUGACUCUUGGAGAAAGGUGACGCGCACCUUCUCACAGUACGGACCAGGGCUGCGUUUCAUUUCCUUUGAGCACGGGGGUCAGGACACCCAGUACUGGAAGGGCUCGUAUGGAGUCAGAGUGACCGGAAGCUCUGUCAUCGUGGAGCAACACCACCCCUAA